GUUAUCAUUAACUAGUCCCGACCAAGUCAUUUCUUCAGCCAUUAAGAUUUCUUUCCCACCACUUGAUCCUUUGGAACUCCAGGCCAUGUGCUGAAUUCUGUUUUAUUUUUUUAACAGCUUUUCGUUCGGCAAGCCAAAAAUAAUUCCAACCACUUCUGGAAAUAUUUAAAGUUAGAUCCAAGUUUUGCUACAACAGCGAUAACCUGCGCUUCACGCAAACAUACGUUACACAUUAAAUUUAGUGGAAUAAGAAAAAACGACAACAAUACAAGAAUAUGCUCUUUCUACUAUUUCUCAUCCUUCCUCCCAGUGUGUUCAGCAUUAGGACGCGCGCUGUCCUUCCUGGUCAUGACAUCGUGAUUUCUAGGAAUGUGCACAGCCAAAGGCAGAGGUAUCAAAGAGUGCUCACUGAAGAUGGUAAAGAAUGCAAAUUUCCAUUUCGUCAUGGAGGGAGUCUUUACCACAGCUGCCUGUCUAAUAAAAACACUGAAAAGCUAUGGUGUUCUAUUACACAUAAUUUUGACCGGGACCAGCUUUGGGGAUAUUGUGCAACAAGGAGUUUAGACACUGAAGAUUUUUGCAAGGAUAAUCCAUGUCAAAAUGAUGGAAUAUGCACCAGUGUCCCACAUUUAAAAUCCUUCCACUGUACCUGCACAGAAGCCUAUUCAGGGAAACUGUGCACACUGGAAUUUGGUGUUUCUGAAUUCUUAGCCUGUACCACUAAUCCAUGCAAGAAUGAUGGGACAUGCAGGUUGAUUGUGUCGACAGGAGAGGCAGUUUGCGCCUGCAGAACUGGCCAUAGUGGGCCAUACUGCAGCAUUACUCCUGAUGUCAGGUGCUACUCUGACAAUGGUACAGAGUACAGAGGCACAGCCCAGAAGACUAUCUCAGGGGCCACCUGUCUGCCCUGGAGCUCAGACCUGCUGCACAAUGAGGUCCAUCUAGGGAACGUGGAGGACGCAGCCCUGGUGGGUCUGGGUGAUCACAAUUUCUGCAGAAACCCAGAUCGAGAUGAGAAGCCCUGGUGCUAUGUGUUGAAGGGCGCUGAGAUCUCCUGGGAUUACUGUGAUAUUUCCCAAUGUGUGGGACAUAUCCAGUUUAGUGCAAGGAUUCCACAUAGCAGUGACGGACCAAGUCAAACACAAGCAAAGGAUCACAGCCCUGUUUGCGGAAAGAGACACAGGAAGAGGGUCCCGAGGGGGCGGAUCUUAGGAGGGCACUCUGCCUUGCCUGGCUCUUACCCCUGGAUGGCAGCCCUAUACAUAGGAAAUAAUUUCUGUGCAGGCAGCCUGGUAAUGCCUUGUUGGGUGGUCUCUGCUGCCCAUUGCUUCGCUCACAGCCCCCUGGUCUCCACAGUUCGCGUUGUCCUGGGCCAGCAUUUCUUCAAUGACACAGGACUAAAUGCCAAGUCCUACAAAAUUGAGAAAUAUAUCUUUCCUGACCGCUUUUCAGUGUAUAAUCCAACUCUUCAUGACAUUGUUCUUGUUAAACUAAAGAAAGUAAACAACAGGUGCACCCAACGGACUCAAUUUGUGCGGCCUAUCUGCCUGCCAGAAAAUAAUUUUUCCCUCCCUGACUAUCACUGUUGCCAUAUUUCUGGCUGGGGACACAUGUAUGAGAAGGCAGACAACUAUGCAACUCAUCUACAAGAAGCUAUGGUUAAUAUUAUCCCCCAUGAACAGUGUAGUAGGCCUGAUGUAUAUGGGACAGAUGUCACUGAGAAUAUGGUUUGUGCUGGAAGCUUGCAGUGUGUAGAUGCUUGUCAGGGUGACUCUGGGGGGCCAUUGGCGUGUGUAAAGAAUGACGUCUUUUACCUGUAUGGCAUUAUCAGCUGGGGAGAUGGCUGUGGUAGAACGAACAAGCCUGGAGUCUACACUAAGGUUUCGAAUUACGUGGACUGGAUCAACAGUGUUAUAAGGCCUGGCGCUCGGUCCUAAUUUACAUCUAAGGGAUUUUCGUAUUGUGUCUGCUUAAAUGUCUGCUUUCCCACUGUUGUUCAUAUAGUCAAUGCAGAAAUGAAUGCCCAGGAAAUUAGUUAUGGAAUGGUAUUUACUGGAGAAGUAAAAUGUUAUGCAUAUGAACAUAUUUUGCAUUUAAAAAGAUUUAUUUGAUCAAUAUUGGAGUCCUAAUUUGAGGAUUAUGCUUUAAAAUCAGUGUCAUCUAGUGGCAUUUUAGUACAAUAAAGCAACUGUAUGAUUUGAAAACAGAUUAAUUGAAAUUCAAAAUAUUUACUAACUAUUAUACCUUUAUGCAGUAUGUUUUUUUGUACUAUUACAAAUGUUCUUCAUAAAUGAUUUAUUAAUUAACUGUCAGAAGUACUUUCUUGUAAUAACUUUAUAUUGAUGAAAUGUUCUAUAUGGGUCAUUAGAAAAUGUUUUGAAAAUCUGUCUAUAAUUACUUUUGAUUCAUACAUUUUAAUUGCACAAAUUCAAUAAUAAAAUAUACCGCAUGAUCACAACAUUUC